CGCUGCGCUUCCGGUUCCUCGGCGCGGCCGCCAUGGCGCCGCAGCCGUGCCUGCUGCUGCCGCUGCUGCUCGCCCUGGCUCUCGCCCUCGGCCCCGCCGCCGGGAAGGCGCGCCGGCCCCUGGCGCUGGAGGCGCUGGGUGAGGCGGAGGAGCUGGCGGAGGAGCUGUGGGGCGCCGGGCUGCCCGGCGACCUGCCCGAGCUGGAGCCCGAGUGCCGCCGCCUUCUCGCCGCCUUCGCGGAGGGCAGCGCGGCGCUGACGGGCUGCCUGGGCCGCCGCGCCCGCCCGGUGCGGCUCUGCCAGGCCUGCCACCGCCACUACCGCCGCCUCCUCGCACAGUACGGCAGCAUCGCCCGCGCCGUCGGGAAUUCUUCUGAGAGCCACAAUUGUGCCAAAAGCAUCUUGACCUCAGACAGGCUGCAGAUAGUUGUGACCCUUUCGGAGUUCUUUAAUGAAACCUGGGAUGCAGCCAACUGUGCAAAUUGUUUAAAGAACAACAGUGAGGGAUUAUCAGAUUCUACUGUAGAAUUCCUGGAUUUAUUCAAUAAAUCUCUGACAUGUUUUGAACAUAACCUUCAGGGACAAACAAUCUAUCUGUCACCAAACAACUACACAGAAGUAUGUAAAAACUGCAACGAAACCUACAAAAUGUUGAAUGACCUGUAUAACAACUUGCAAAGGAUGAACAGGCAAGGUGCUGAGUCUGGGCACUCCGCCCACUUGUGUAUCGACGUGGAAGAUGCCAUGAACAUCACACGUAAGCUUUGGAGCAGGACUUUCAACUGUUCUGUUCCCUGCAGUGAUACGGUCCCAGUGAUUGCAGUUUCAUCCUUUAUUCUCUUCCUACCUAUUGUUUUUUACCUUAGUAGCUUCCUUCACUCAAAGCAGAAGAAACGGAUUCUCAUUUUGCCCAAGCGCAUCCAGUCAAAUGCCAGUCUUGUGAACAUCCAAGAAAAAUACAGCUGAGCUGCAAAACAAAACCUGAGAACUGCUGCUGGUAUACAGUGGGUACAAUUGUGUUGGAAUGAGGCCGGGACAAAAGAGGAGUUAAUUAUGGUUUAGUGUAAUGAUACAGAGCAACACAAGUUAAACAAAAUGCUGUCUGACUUCUAAGCGAGAUUAUUAACAAACAUGACAAGGCAGGGCUGUUGGACACUGUAUGGACUCUGGUUUUGAAAAAUCUGUGGUUUUUUUCAGUCUCAGGCUGAAGCUGGUGUUUUUCUGGUUCUAAGCUUUUGUACUUCUCAUCAAUAGCAUAGCUAUACUUUCCUUGCAUGGUAUUUUUCCAUAAUUACUGUAUUUGUUUCACAGAAACCUGAAAUUCUGGAUCUUUUUGAGGUGAUUUUCGUAGACAAAACUUGAAAUAAUAUUUGAUGUUCCUGCUUGAAACACUGUGUUUAAUUCCACAUAAUAUUCAGUCUUGCCAUACUUGGGGUGAACAGGAAACAUUUAAAAAAGAAACCCGUAUUUCCUAUACCACUCUAAAGUCAUGUUGCUGGUAUCUAUUUUAAAAAAAAGACAUGAAAGCUGUGGUAGUAUAUAAUGCCCAAAUAUAAAGAGAAAGUGGUAAUAUAUAAUGUCCAAAGCCAGCAACAAAAGCAACAGAACUGCCCGUGCUAGACUUGAAUAGUAAUCAUUGACGACUACAGUAUUGGGUUAUCUCUGAAACAUAUGGCGUAUUUAGUCCUUUGCACACUUUAACCACUAAAAUAAUUGCUUUUCAAAUGUUACAUUUUCAGAGGCUUAUUUUAGAUGUCUGCUUAGUUAACUGAAUGCUUCAUUGUUGUGUUAUAUCCUUUCCUUUUUAAUUAUAAAGGGUUUUUUUUGGUUGCUCUUUUUGUAGAGAAGUGAGGUGAAGUCAAUUCACUGGAGAUGCUGAAUUUCCUGGUCUAAAGCUUACUGUGGCUUAACACAGAAGUGUUUACAGGAACUUUGUAGGGAAAAAGUUACCAUUUCUAGAUAAUGUGUUUUAGUGGUAAAUGAACCAGAGGGUUCUCUGACUUAAAAACUGUCCUGAAGGACAAUGAAGAUACUGUGUUGGGAAUUGAUGGCUUUCAAGAAAUAGUUUACAAAAAUUAGGCCUGUGAAAUAGAUGAAUGUAAACAAAUGCAAGCUUGCAGGAUUCCAGAGCUGAUGGAGAAAUUAUUGCGAUAAUGUGGGGGUGGACAGUGCUAGUGAUAGGCUGUGGGCACAAUUCAACAGCUGCAGCAAUACUGAUGGUUUAGAUUUGGGAGGGUGGUAGGGUUGGAAUGAUUUGUAGCUGUACUUGAGGUUAAUGAAUGCCAGAGUCUUUGCUCCCAUUUUUAAAUGUGUUUUCUAACCCUGAGAUAAAAAUGAGUGGCCAUUACAGCUAAAAAAUUAAUUUUCUCUUGGAAUCUGUGUGUCUCAUGUCUGUCAAAACCCCGUGAAAUAGUCUUAUGUAUUUGACUUGCUUUGGAGCCUAGAAUGUUAAUUUUUUUUCCUUUGCACUAAGGCUCAAAUAAAUAUUUAACAGUGUAACAAAAAGUCCUAAAGCUCUUAAAGUCAUCUGUUUUCUUGGUUUUCUUGUUACUGUGGUUUUUUGAGUUAGGACAUACUAUUGGUUAUAAAGCAAGUGGACAGUAUGUUUAAUACCAAGUAAAAUACUGUGUUAGCAAUUGGUCCUACCCAAGUGGUUGCCUUUUUAUACUUUAUCAGUAAGUGUUUAUCUCCCUCUGUAAACAUGUCCACAGUCACAUUUGUUCUAGGUAGUUUACAACAAUGCCAUAAAACUCUGUUUCUCUUGCUUAUUACAUAAAUUUACCUUCUUGCGGCUGGGAGAGGCAUGCUGCCUUUAAAAAGGAAAAAAAAAGAUUAAGAAUAAUAGAUAUAAAAAGUAAACUUCAACUUUCUGGGACUUAUUCAGCUGCCCACUGUAAUAGCAUUACAUUGAUUUGGGACAUCAUAUGAUUGAGAGCUGUUCAAAGGAAUCUUUCAUUCGUGCAGAUAAAGCCAGUUUGUAUGUGCAGCAUUUCAGAAUGACAGCUUUUAUACUGUAAGCAGUGGCUUUUUGAGCACAUUCAUGUUAAGUAGGUCUGAAAGUCAUUACUUUUGGAUAUGGUGGUUAAGCACUUUAAAAAAAAAAAAAAUUUAAAAAAUCAGCUUUUCUUAUUUUCCUGGCUGCUAAGCCAAACGGAAAUACUCAUGUGACUUUUGGUGGUUUUUUUUUUUAAUGUUAAAGCAGCAGUCAAGUUUACAUUUGAGAUUUUUAAUAUUAUAUCUACUAUUUUCUCAUUUUUCUUUGUGUCCUGCCCCCCCGCCCCAACUUUGUACUACUAACUUUCUUUACACAGUGUUAUAUUUUUGGUAGGAUAUUUCGUAUAUAAAUUGAUUGAAUUCUCUUUAUACUCUAUUUCCUAGAGAAAUGUGGAAGCACAGACUGUGUUGAAGGAGAACUAGAAUUCUUUUUGCUGCUAGUCUUUCAUCUUGGUUUAUUUUUUGCCUUUUUGGUAUUAUAUGUACUAAAUAGGAUGAACUUUGAAAUACUAGUUGUUUGUACCUUUUUUGUGCAAAUAAAGAUUUCUUACUGCAGGGUAGCACUUUGAUUUGUAUUUAUACUUACCCUCUAAAUACAGAAAGUCAGCUCUAAUAAAGAUUGUCAAUAAACAAUGAA